UGAGAAUGUCGGACUUCACAACACCAUUAAGACAUUGACUGGAAAUCUCAAACUGAGAGGCCCAAUUUGGGUAAACAUAUCAAACACAAUACAAUACAAUAUAAAAUGGCGGAGCUUGCUGGAUACAAUGGCAGCGAGAGCUUCAUGCUCUCAACCGGUCUGCCUUUCAACUCGACUGGUGACUAUGACUAUUAUGAUUCUGAACCUGAUGCUAGCAAGAUCAUCAUCCCCUCCAUCUAUGCACUGGUGUGCUGUGUCGGUGUCACAGGGAACGCCAUGGUCAUCUACGUCAUCCUCAAGUACGCCAAGAUGAAGACGGCCACCAACAUCUACAUUCUCAAUCUUGCCAUCGCGGACGAACUCUUCAUGUUGAGCGUCCCGUUCCUGGCGACCUCGGCCGCGGUGCACCACUGGCCGUUCGGCUCGCUCAUGUGUCGUUUGGUUCUCAGCGUGGACGGCAUCAACAUGUUCACGAGCAUCUUCUGCCUGACCGUGCUGAGCGUGGACCGCUACAUCGCCGUGGUGCACCCCAUCAAAGCGGCUCGCUACCGUCGCCCGACCGUCGCAAAAGUGGUCAACGUUUGCGUGUGGGUGCUUUCGCUGCUUGUGAUUCUGCCCAUCAUUAUAUUUGCAGACACGGUCCCGGCACAGGACGGUGGAGUGGACUGCAACUUUCUAUGGCCUCAGGCCUUGUGGUCUGAAGCGUUUGUGGUCUACACAUUCCUACUGGGUUUUUUGGUCCCAGUGGCAGCCAUUUGCAUGUGCUACUGUUUGAUCGUGGUCCGCAUGCGAGCCGUGGGCCUCAAAGCGGGCUGGCUGCAGCGCCGGCGCUCUGAAAAGAAGAUCACACGCAUGGUGCUGCUGGUGGUCGCCGUUUUCGUGGUCUGCUGGAUGCCGUUUUACAUUGUGCAGCUGAUCAGUGUGUUUUGCAAGCCGCCGGACCCCAUGGUGACUCAGCUAUUUGUCAUUCUGAGCUACGCUAACAGCGGCGCCAACCCCAUUCUCUACGGAUUUGUGUCUGACAACUUCCGCCGCUCGUUCCAGCGUAUCAUCUGCUUCCGCUGGCUGGAGAACGGGCUGGAUGCCGAGCAGGUGGACUAUUGCGCUGUCGCCCUACGGCGUCAGACCACAUGUGGCCCAAAGGACUUUCCAAAGGAGUGCUUAGCCUCCGACAUGGUGUUUCGCAAUGGAACCUGCACGUCCCGUACAACAACUCUGUGAGAGGCUAUUCAGUCAGAGUGUUCGAGUUUAAAGGGAUUGUUCACCACACUUACUUUCAUGUCGAUGCAAACCUGUAUGACUUUCUUUCUUUUGUGGAACAGAAAAGAAGG